AUGGCUUCUAACGACAACAAUAACAACCAUGAUAAUGAUAAUGGGAAGAGAGUAUGUGUUCAGCAGUUGGUUGUGUCACAAGAUGAGAAACGAUUAAGUGAACCGAAGCGUUUCAGUCUUCUUGUAGUUGGAGCUUUUGCUGCUAUUUGCGCUUCUACUUCAUAUUCUUUUAAUUUGUUCAGUGGAACCAUGCAACAAAAAUAUUCUUUUUCACAGCGAGACCUCUCAUCAAUCAACACUGUUGGUAUGGUAUUUUGCUAUUUUCUCCUUCCAUAUGGUGCCAUAUAUGAUUAUUUUGGUCCGCGUCCUAUUUUUGUAUUGGCAUGUGUCUUCUUCUUUAUUGGUGCACUGCUAAUGGCCCUUUCUUUUGAUGAUAAGGUUCAGGGAACAACAGUGCGUUUCUGUGUUUACAACGCUUUUCUAAGUCUCGGCAGUCAGUUAUUUGACUUGGCAUCUGUGGUGACAUUACUGAGCGUAUUUCCGAGCAACCGUGGAGCUGUAGUAGCAAUAUUAAAAACACUUUUUGGACUCGGUUCAGCUAUCAUUGGAGCAUUUUAUUUAGGAUUUUUUAAAGGAAAUCCAUCAAAUUUUUUCUACUUUUUGAUUGCCUUCGUCUUCUGUGUGGGUUUGUUGGCAUUAGUUACUGUGACCCUUCCGUUGUACCAUUUGACUGGUUAUGAACAAAAACACCUAAGUGCUGAGGAAAAGGAGCGGCGAAUGGCAAAAAGAUCAGUCUAUCUUCGGCAAAAAGCACCUUUAUGGCGCUUUUUUUUCGGUCUCGCCAUUAUUUUUGUUCUUAUUGUUUUCUUGCCGUUGCAAAGUGUAUUGCUGCAUUUCUUGAAACUGGGUCGCUCAUAUUAUUUAGCCUUUGCUAUUGCGACAGCUGUAGUUACCAUGCUUCUUCCAUUAAUGGCUAUUCCAUGUCGUUUUUUAGACAGACGAUAUGAAGAUGUAACACAAAAGCAAGAACAAGAGCAAAAUCAGAAGCUAAAAGAAGUAGAGGAGAAAAAGAAGGAGGAGGGGGAGGGGGAGGAAGGACAUCAGGAUGAAUAUACGGAAGCUGAUGAGAAUACACUUGAAUGCGGUGUGCCAACAGAGGUGAAGAAUGAUUCAUCUAAGCAGGCUGGUAAAAAAGUAGCUCUGGUUGAAACUGAUGUUGACUAUAUUGCUCCACAGUAUCAGACAACGUUUAUGGAGAGUCUUUGCACAUUGGAUCUAUGGGCUCUAUUCUGGACAUUUUUUUGCGGUGUUGGUUCAGAGUUUGUUAUUAUUUUUAAUGCUCGCUUUAUUCUUGGAGCCCUUUCUGGUGAAUUUGUUGAGGACUCUAUGGGUACGUUGUUGACAGUAAUUAACGGUGUUGGAAGUGCUGUGGGUCGUCUAUUGAUGAGCUACUUUGAGGUUUGGUCGCAGAAGCGAAAAGCUGAGGAUCGUAUCCCCAUCACGGUUUCUCUGUUUGUCCCGACAAUUUUGGUUAUUGUUUCGAUGGUGUUGUUUCUUGUAUUACCAAGUAAAGUCGCAUUGUUGCCAUUUGCCAUUGCUGCUAUAGGCAAUGGCUUCUGUGCCUCUGUUUCUAUUCUUGUUGUGCGCACCAUCUACGCUAAGGACCCAGCAAAACACUAUAAUUUUGCCUUUAACGCUCUUUGGACAUCCGCUGUGUUAUUAAACCGUUUGUUGUACGGUGAGUGGUUUGCACAUGAAGCAGAUAAACAGGGGAGUCCACUCUGUUACGGCAAGGUAUGUGUUUUAAUGCCCUUGGUGGUGAUGAUUGGUCUUAACGUUAGUGGACUUGGAGCUAAUUUCUACAUGCACAUAACUUACUCUCGUUUUUCGAGAAAAGUUCUCGCGGAAAGACUUCGUUUGAAAGAAGAAGCAGCAGCUGCUGCUGCGGAAUCAACUGCGCCAACGGAGCCCGUUGACAAUCGUUUGUCUGAGAUGUAG